AUGACGCGCUUUGCGUUUAAUCGGCAGGACUGGGAUGCCUGGAGCCAGCGGUACAACGCAGACGGCUCCUGUGAAGCUUUGUGUCGAACGUUGGUGUCUCAGAACGGCCUCCAGAGGGAACGGCCGGACAUCUCCCAGUCCGUCCUCUACACGUCACUCAUUGGUCUGCUGCUGGUGACUGAUGAGGAGCAGCAUCUCAGUGUAGGAAGUGGAAGAGUCGGUCUUAGAAACAUUGGAAACACAUGUUUCCUGAAUGCAAUAGUCCAUGUGUUGUCUCACACACGAGGACUACGGGAUUACUGUCUCCACAAGUCCUACAGGCAGGAGAGGUUCUCCAAAGAAGAAGCUAAACUCAUGGAUGCUUUCCAUCAGGUGCUGUCAGGCCUGUGGGACGUCAACGGGAGCGGCACAGUGGUAAAUCCACGACAGUUCUACAGUGUUUUCAAGAUGGUGCCUUACUUCAGUGGCUACAGUCAACAGGAUGCUCAGGAGUUCCUCAGGUUUCUUCUGGACAAGCUGCACACAGAAAUCAACCGACGGCCGUAUGUUCGACGAACGGGGAAAGAGCCUGAACAAAAAUAUGUCAAAUUCAGGAUUGCCGAAGAGGCUGCUGCCAUGUGGAAGAAGCACUUGGAGAGAGAUGACAGUAAAAUAGUAGACCUGUUCUCUGGACAGCUGCGCAGCUCCCUGCAUUGUUCAGUGUGCUCUCACUCCUCCACCACCUUCGACGUGUUUUGCGAUCUGUCGCUGCCCAUUCCCAAAACAAGCUCAGCUGGGGAGGUCACGCUGAAGGAGUGUCUCGACCUCUUUUCCCAGGAGGAGAAACUGGACAGAGAGAAUUCUCCAAUGUGUGAGAGGUGUAAGAGGCGGACAGAGAGCACCAAGCGGCUGUCCAUUCAGAGGUUUCCACAGGUCAUUGUGAUCCAUUUGAAACGUUUUACAACCUCACGGUGGUCCAUCAGUAAAAGCACAGUGUGUGUGUCCUUCCCACUCACUAAUCUGGACCUGGGACCUUACGGACCUGUUGACUGCGGUCCAGUGCUGUAUGACUUGUAUGCUAUAUGUAAUCACUCUGGGACGGUGAACAUGGGUCACUACACCGCCUGCUGCUCAGAUGAAAAUGGUUGGUGCUAUUACAAUGACUCCAGUGUGAUUUCAGUCUCUGAGAACCAGCUUCAGACCAGUCAAGCCUACGUUCUGUUCUACCAGCGCAGCAACAGCACAGCCGCCGUCAGGAAAUAGACCUCAGACUGGCUGCGGCAGUGAAGCCAAUCUCUGCAAAGUUACCUCCAGUGUCCAUAGAAACAAACGGAAGCAGCAGCAGCAGCAGCGCUGUAAGUCAGGCAUGUGUGAAUGUGUCUGUUCCAAUGAUCAGGUGUUGCUCACAGAUAGUUGAUACCAUGGAGGGAACGUCAGUGGAGCUUCUGGAGGUAAUGUGGCUUCCUGUGACAUAACCAUCCCGGAAGUUCGACUGAUAUGAAGACGCUCUCUUCUUCAUGUUGUGUACUCUGCUUUUGGAGCUUUAUGCUGAGAUUUUAACGUAAUUGUUUUGACAUCUGUCGUGCUGAAGCUGUAACUCUAAUUUUUAGUUACAUUUUAAAGUUAUAGUUUUGUUUAAAUAUAUAUAUACAGUAAUAUCUGUAGUAUUUCUCAUGUUAAUUUCUCUCCCUGUGUACAGCUUGUCUGAUGCUGGAUUCUUGAAAAUACUCAAAGUGGCAAUAAUUUCACAAUGAAUACAUUAUUUUUAUGCUUUUUAAAAACAUUUGUGUUUACUGAUGUAGUAUUUUGAAAUGCUUAUUUUGUAUGAGAUUAAAAAAGUGAAUCAACUGAUGUUUGACAUAGUCAAUAAAAGACAGAAAAUUGCUUG